UUGGCUGUCACAUGAUCGCGACGCUGGAAAACGAGGAAGUCAUGGGUUGUUUGGUGUAGCAGAACUGCCUUACUCUCUGUUUUCAGCCAUGUCGCCGCACGAAUUGAGUUUGUUUUUUGUCCUUUUAUCGAUAAAUGUCUACACCUUCGAGGGCAGUAUCGUAGUAGACCUCAACUUAGCUUUAGCCAACAAACAGGAAUCAGUCUCCUCUCCGGGUCACUCUGCGGUAAACUCUCCUGUGUUCAAGCCUGUUGUGGACUCUUUACAAUCUCUGAACCUGCUGUCGUCCUUCCCAGAGGACCCGGCGAUCAGUGAGUACUGCAGCGAGCUGCUCCACGUAUUCGGGCAGCGGUAUGUGACCUAUGUGAACUGUCUGGUUCCUGCCGCCCGACCCGUCAAAGUGUGCCAGAACUGCUACUCCAGUUACGGCAGCCUGGUCGCCAUCUACACAAACAUCUCCUCAGAUCAGAUGAGUCCUGGCAAUGUGAGCUGCAAGCGCAGCCUCCUGCGCAGUGAUCGGCUGAUGCUGGUCUACCAGAUGUACAGCGACCUGGAGGAUCUUUGGGAGAAAUCAGACUGCAGCCAUUGCAUCACGGAUGCAUACAGGAGCCUAACCAAUGAUACAAUGUUUUUUAUGACUACUCUCAAUCAAACCCUCACCUGCUUUGAGAAGUAUAAACAGGGGAAUCAUACCGAGCUGUGCAAAAGCUGUAAGGGCACAUACAAAGGCCUGAAUGAUCUGUACAGCCGAAUGGAGAAAGAACAGACUCUGUGUAUUGACAUAGAGGAUGCGAUGAACAUGACCCGCAUACUGUGGAGUAAGGGUUUCAAUUGUUCCUUCCCUCGUGAGGAGACGGUGCCGGUCAUCGCUGUGUCCAGCUUCAUGCUCUUUCUGCCCAUCAUCUUCUACUUGAGCAGCUUCCUUCACUCUGAACAAAAGAAACGCAAGCUCAUACACCCCAAACGAGCAAAGUCGUACGCCACGCUGAUGAACAUUCAAGACAAACAAAGCUAAAGAGGAAGGCGGCGAGGGAAACGGUGGGGGCAUUUUUGUCAUCUCGCUGCCUUGUUUCUGAGUUUUGUCUGGCAUCCUUGAAUUUAGAGGACUCAUUAGCAGCCUGUUUUAUGUUUUCUUUACCACACAGUAUUGAGAGGAACACAAGGAUCAAAAUCUAUUGAACCCAAAGACUUUCGCCAAGCUAAAUGUUUGCUUUGACAUCAUCUCAAGCUUUUGUGCCUAAAAUUGAGUUUUUGGACACAUCAGAUAAAAAAUAAGCAGAAAUUAAAUCGUCUUGGGGUUUUUAGAAAUGUGCAACAAGUUUCUGGAGCAUAAACCAAAAUGGAAAAUCUCUGCCAGGCAGAAGAGACGCCGGGAUCGAUGGACAUCUGACUUUACAAACUUCUGCUCGGGUGGCUGUUAAUGUUCCUGCACAGUGCCCUCUUAAUCCUCACCCGGCUUCCUCUUUUUAACUUGUUAACAAGGUUCAGGUUGUUUACCGCAUCCUGCUGUCACCGGACAGAACGAGUGGUUUGAAUGCAGUGUGUGUGUGUCUGUGUGCUGCUCUGUGCUCUAUUUAUGGGAAGAGAAAUGGAUUUUCUGUCUCUAAUGUAUGUCCAGAGGAGAGUUGCAAAAAGGAAGCACUUGAUGUCCAUUAGUGGUGACAUGUAUCUGCUGUAAGAAGGGGGGGGGGGGAGUAAAUAAAGACAUAGUACAAAAUGUAAGAGCACUCCAAAGUAGCACACUGUGAUGUUACCUGUUUCAU